CGUCGCCAUAGAGCCAGAGGUGCGCAACAGACUCAAAUCAAACCAGGCAACGCGGCCUCUGUCUGUUACAAACCUGCUAAAAGAAGCAAAGAACAACAACAACAAUCUCCAGUGGGAUAAAUCAGGUGAUCGAGCAGGAGUGACUUGAAAUAGAAACGAGCCGAGAGAAAGAGACACCCUCCUACCCAAGCGCGGCCAUAUAAUGAAUUCGGACUCCAGCUCUAGUAGAGCUUCAUCUCCAGACAUGGACGGGAUGUAUCAUCACCACGCACAGGACCCGCGCCUGAAUUCGGUGUCUUCCACGCAAAGCGAGCUCCUCCAGAAGAUGACGGCCGAGCACAUGUCCAAAACGUCCCCCGGCAGCAAGUACAAGCUGAAGAAGCAGGUCACCGAGCAGGAGAUCCAGCAGCUGCGCUUGAAGAUCAACGGCAGAGAACGAAAACGCAUGCACGACUUGAACCUGGCGAUGGACGGUCUCCGAGAGGUCAUGCCGUACGCGCACGGCCCGUCUGUGAGAAAGCUAUCGAAGAUCGCCACUCUACUGCUGGCCAGAAACUACAUCCUGAUGCUGAACAGUUCCCUGGACGAGAUGAAGAGGCUGGUGGGGGAGAUUUACGGCGGUCACCACUCGGCGUUCCACUGCGGGACGGUGAGCCACGCCGGCGCGCACGCGGCGAGCGCGGCGCACCAGGUGCAUCCUCUUCUCGGCAGCGCGCUGACCUCCUCCACAUCCUCCACGCUUUCCACCACAUUACCGGGACUUACCUCCAUUAGGGGGCCGCACUCUUUGAUGAAAAGCACCCCAACGCCUCCGCUGCAGCUCGGUGGCAGCUUUCAACACUGGGCGGGCCUGCCUUGCCCGUGCACUAUUUGCCAGGUGCCUCCACCUCCCCACAUGUCCAUCACUUCCACGGGACUCACGAGGCUUACGGCAGAGAACAAGGAAGUGAUGAAGUGAAUGUCGCGUCGGUGUACAUUGCGAAUGGACUGAACUCAGAGCUUAGCAUGAUAUGUUUGUCUGUUUGUUUGUUUGUUUGUUUGCUUUAACCCUUACAAAAUCAGAACGUCGUCCUUGUAACAAGGAUCUCAUUAAAUGCAUUGUAAGGUAACUACUUUAUAGUUAUGGAGUACGUGUGCUGCGUAACGCACUGUAAAUAAUGUAAAUCUUCUACAUGAGCUGGAAACCAUGUGUUUGAAGUUGCCCUGGAAACGCGAGCACUUCCCUUACAAAGUUUGCCACAGUUUGCCACCGCAAUUUCUGUCAAAAUAUAACGUAGUCGCUACUCUAGUUUGUCCUGUAAGAUAUUCUCCACCAAACAGUGUUAAAUGGCUUUUAUAAGCUUUUACUUGGGUUUGUUUGGCUGUAUUAGGGAAUAUCUGCAGUGACAGUAACUUUUGCGACAGUUGCGGAAAUGCAUGGCAUGCAUGGUAAACUUUCCCAAGGCUCUGCAAGGCUUGGCUACUUGUUGAUCAUGUGAUGUGGGAAAGUUGCAUGUAUGUAUCUUUUUAUAAAGAUAUGAAAGUCGAAUCCCACACGUGUUCCUUGUAACAAGGAUUGUGAAAUGGCAUUUCAGUUGGAAACGUUACGACUGUAUGGACUUGAAGUGCUGUUAUUAGACCGCUGUCAUUAUUUCAUUCAAGUUCAUCGCUUUAAAUAAUAGUUGAAUUCUCAGUCGUGUUUCUUCUGUGUCGUACAUUUGUUUAAAGUUCUCAAGCAUGGCAUCUUGCUCAGACAACAUAUAAGCAUGUUUUUUUUGUCUGGGUGAAUUGUGUUAUUCCAGAGAGAUUGCUGUGCUCUUUAUUUUUGUACAUUCUUGUUCACAAAUGAGAUAUUUAUUAUUGCCCAGUAUUGCUGGAUGAAAUUUCAAUAAAACGUUGCCGUAAAAAAAUGAAAACAUCAGCCGUCUUUUGCCCCAUUCACUAUAUUUUGUAUAUACAGUAUUGAACUUGUCGCAUAUUGCGCCUCAUAAGACAGUAUUAAUUAAAAAAGGUCAGUCUGGAAAUAGAAAAUAGUGACAAUUAUCAAUAUCAGGUAUCUUAUCCAAUGACAAUAUAGGUUGUAAGAGCAAAAGAA